UAGAAGCUUGCAUUCAGCAUGUGUUCAUUUAUGGCAGUAUCCAUCGCUCUGCUUCUGGCAUUGACGAUUGUAAGGAGAGCCGAUGCUCAGUUUUGCACGUCCGGUUGCCAAUACACGAGCCGGACUACAGGGCGAACCUCGUGCAGGAGGAGUGGGGAGAGAUGGUCGGAUGGGUGUCUCCUUGACUGUCAGUGCAACGGUCGGACAUGGUCGUGUCAGUACAAGUGCCCCAUUGUGACCGCCCCCGCUGGGUGCCAAGUGGUGGACGACCCUAACGGCGGCUGCUGCAAGAAGGUGAAAUGUGGAAAUACUAUCUGUGGCGAUGGCGACUGCACGUACAGAAGUAAAUCGACUGGGAUGAUGGAAUGCAGGAAACAAGGAGAGCGUUGGUCCGACGGCUGUCUUUAUAACUGCCAGUGUGAUUCAAGAGGCUGGCAAUGCCAGGCUAAGUGUUCCACAUGGUAUGUAGUGCCUUAUGGUUGUCGAACGGUGAAGCCACCCGGUCAGUGUUGUGAAGUGUUGCAGUGUUCUCGAUAG